AUGAAUGAUAAAAUAUCAGCAUCAUUUACUCUUAUUUGGCUUAAUAAUCCUCUGGAUAGUAUAGAACAUCUUGAACUUCAACGAAAUUUUUCUGUAUUUAUUCAAAAUUUAAAAAUAUUUAUUAAUAAAGAUGAAUGUGGACAAUAUAUACAAUCAUCAUCAAAGCAACAACGAUUUGUUCUUAUUACUAGUGGUCAAAUGGGUCAAGAUUUUAUACCACAUAUACAUCAAUUACCACAAAUUGUUUCCAUAUAUAUUUAUUGUCUAAAUAAAAAAAUACAUGAAGAAUGGUCAAAAGAAUAUAAAAAAGUUAGAGCCGUGACUAGUCAAACGGAAGAAUUAAUUAAAUUAAUUCGAUUAGAACAUGAAAAAUACAAUCAUAAUAAAGUAAAUGAAUUAGUAUCUAUUAGUUGUUUUAAAACAAAUAUUGAACAAGAAAAUAUUAUCAAUGGAUUCAAUGGAGAUUUUAUUUAUAAAAAAUGUUUAAUUGAUUUUCUUUUAGAAUUAAAAAUAAGAGAUAACAUAACAGAUGAUUUUCUUUAUUUAUGUCAAGAAGAAUAUGAAAAUAAUCAAAUUGAAUUAAAUAAUAUUCAUCUAUUUGAAAAAGAUUAUUCAUCUAAUCAAGCUUUAUUAUGGUUUACAAAAAAUAUAUUUCUAAGAAAAAUUUUAAAUAAAGCAUUUUAUGAAGAAAAUAUUAAUUUAUUAAUUUUUUCAAGAUUUUUUAUUUAUGAUCUUCAACAACAAAUAAAACAAAAUCAAAUUUUAACAUCAAUAGAAGUUUAUCAUAGUCAAUUUAUUUCAAUAGAUAUUUUAGAAAAAUUAAAAAAUUCUAUUGGACAUUAUAUUUUAAUAGAUUCAUUUUUUUCUGCAAAUAUUAAUCGUGAACAAUCAUUUUCAUAUUUUGAUUAUAUUACAAAUUCUGAAAAUUUACAAUCAAUUUUAUUUGAAAUUAAAACAAAUCCAUCAGUAUCAUUUUGUUAUUCUUCAAACCAACAAGAAAUAUUAUUCAGUUUAGGAUCAACAUUUCAACUUCUAGAGAUUCAUUCAAAUGAAAAUCAAAUAUCGAUUAUUCGAAUGGUAUUAUGUAAUGAUAAUGAUUUAAAUUUGAAACCAAUAAUUGAUAAAAUAAAACUUGAUGAUAAUUAUUGGACAACAGAUCUUCUUCUAUUAGGAACUAUUUUACAACAAAAAAAUAAAUAUGUUGAAGCUGAACAAUUUUAUAAUCUUUUAUUAAAUGAAUUACCACAUGAUCAUUCAGAUAUUGAUGCAUGUUAUUAUUCAUUAGGUAUGAUUGCUUAUGAAAAAAGAUGUUAUCAAUCAAGUUUAAAAUAUUAUCAAUUAUCAUUAGAAAAUUUAUUAAGAAAAAAUGAAUCAAAUCAUUCUCAUUUAGGAAUAUUAUAUUAUAUGAUUGGUGAAAUUUAUCAAAAAAAAGAACAAUUUAAAGAAGCAUUAGAAUUCUAUAAUAAAGCAUUACAAAUAUGGAAAGAAACCUUUGAUAUUAACCAAAUAAACAUAGUAAAGUGUUUUAAUAAUAUUGCACUUAUUUAUCGAAGUGAAAAAAAAUAUUCAGAAGCUAUUUCUUAUUAUACACAAGCAUUAUCUAUUAAUGAAAAAUAUUUACCAAUCAAUCAUAUAAAUUUAGGAACAUUACAUCAUAAUAUUGGUGCUUUACAUUUGUGUCUUGAACAUUAUGAUGAUGCAAUAAAACAUUAUAAUAUAGCUCUCGAAAUAAAAUAUAAAUCAUGUUCAUCUGAACAUUCAUCUAUUGCAAUGACACUAGAAAAUUUAGGACUUGUCUAUGAAAAUCAAGGAAAUUUUCAACAAGCAUUAUCUUAUUAUGAACAAGCAGCAAAAAUCUAUCGGAAAAUAUUACCACAGACACAUUCAAAUGUAAUACAAAUUGAUGAAGCUCUUCGAAAAGUAUCAUCAAAACUUUAA